AUGUUGCAUGCGGGAGCGCGCUUUCACCCGGAACGGGUGACACAGGAUCAGGAAAAGGGCACCACUCCGCGUGGAGUACAGCUGCAUCCUCGGCCUAUCGGCCCAAUCGCCGGAAUCAAACCCACAGAGCAGGUAAUAUCCUGCCACAAAGACACAAGCAUCCUGGUGUUCCCUGGAAAAGAUGGGCGCAUUGGCUGGGGCCUGAUUGCAAAGUUGAGCAACGCCUGCAUUUACCCAGACUGCCCGCGGCGAUUGUCCCCCGAGGAGAUCCAGGUCAUGGGCGAAUCAGCGGCGGAUUUACAAGUGUACAGAGAUGUGCGGUUCAGGGAUCUCUGGGAGCGAACUGCACCAUCCGCACGGGCCUCUACCAUGCUGCAUGAGGGUCUGUUCGAAACGUGGAGCUGCGGCCGGAUUGUCUGUGUUGGUCAUAGCAUUAGCAAGAUGACGCCCAAUUUCGCGCAGGGUGCAAACACGGCAAUUGAAGGCGCGGCUGUUCUUGCAAACGUGCUCUGCGAGCUGAGCCCGCUUGAAGCACGAUCCGAGCACGAGAUCGCCGCCCUGCUACACAACUAUAGCCGGCGCCAGCUAAAACGCCUCCAAAUCAUACAUGCCAUUUCAGAGUCUGUCACGCGCGUCCAUACCCGUGCGAAUUGGAUGAGGAAGGCUCUGGGACGCUAUGUCUAUCCGUAUGUCCCUGGCCUUGCGCUUCGGACAUUUGGUGGUGUCAUCGCCCCCGCGCCGUACUUGGAGUAUGCUCCGUUGCCUAGGAGGGCAGCUGAACUUGCGGCAUGGAAAUGUUCGGGGAAUAAAAGCGCCAACGCGGCAAAAUGGAUUUGUGUGCUCUUUAUCGCACUGCUGUCUUGUACCCUGUGGUAUGCCAUUAGGGCCUCCGAGUAA